CACUUUGUUUUUUUUUUAACAUAAUUGACGUUUAAAAAUAUACGACUCUAUCUCUGUACGAGGUCCGAAUUAUAUUUACUUUUCAACAUCCAAACACUUCCUAUAUUAAAAAAAAUGUCUGAUACUGAAGAUAUUGAUUGUGAUUUCCCUCUUAUUUUUGAGCCCAAUAUUGAGGCAUCACCUGAACCAGAGGAAAUGGCUCUUCUUCCACCAAAUCACCCACUACUGAGCAAGUUUCAGGACUGUUUAAGGGGUCACUUAAUACGUACUAAACUUGAUAUAGCAAAUGAAAUUGCAAAUAUAAAACACCAUGUCAAACUGAAAGAACAACGACGAGAAGAGCAAGGAUUGACAUUGUAUGAUAUGCAACAAAAAAUGAAAUUUCAAGAAAAACAAAUUAUGGAAUUAUCUGCUGUUAUAGAAAAGCAUUUAAAAAAUCGUCAAGACGAAGAAUUUAAUACAAAAACUUUAAAGGCGGUAAACGAAGAAAAAAUUAAGUUAACUAAGUCACAAAAAACGCUGUAUCAUGAAAGAAUGGCAGAACUGGAAGACAUGCAAAGUUUAGGAAGUAACAUCAAAAAAUGGGCGUGUACCGUAGAAGAUGAAGUAAAAAAUGCCAAACGCAUUGUUAGUAGAGAUUCCCAAUUGCAAGACCAACUAUCACAGGAAAAACGAAAGUCAGAUAUACUCUUUUAUCGGCUAGAUAUAGAAAUAAAAAAGAGAGAAAACGAGUUACAGUCGAUUUGUAAAGAAGAAGCUACAAUGAAAGAGGUGAUUAAUAUUUUAAAUAUGAGCAUAGCAAAUGCCAAUACAGAUUUGGAAGUUUUGCAAAACGAACACAAGCGGCUCACACAGGCAUGGAACGAGGUUAUUAUAGCCAUUCAGUUAAGAGACAAAAUUUUAUUUCAAGUACAAAACGCAUCAAGAAAACACAGGGAGGCAAUAAAGCACAAUAUAGCGGGAAUAGAGGCUAUUAAAAAACAAAUUGGAAAGGAAUUGGAACUUAAUAAAAAAUUGGAUUCUUUUAAGCAACGGCUGGCAGAUGAAACUAAUUCCUUAAAAAGAGAAUGUCAGGAUGAAAACGAAUCUCUUCUGAAGAUUCAAGCCAAACUAGAUGACCUGCCAGAGUUCUUGAAUACAACGGAAACUGAUUUGCAAGAAGCUUUACGAGAGGGAAGUCAGCUAUUCACUGAAGUUCGGAAACUAGACCUGGCAUUGGAUAAAUAUUUUACGCAAAAGUUUUGCACUGAGGAAACAAUUUUAAGUUUAGCCCAGGAUCACUUAAUAACAGACAAGGCUACAGCUUACCGUUUGAAGCUCUUAAGUAAAUCUCAGGAAAAACGUCGAAAUGUCGAUUUAUCAUUAUCUAAAGUGCAAAAUCAGUUGUCAACCUCAAUGCUUGAGGUUGAAAAACUUAGAUGUGUAGUCUUUAAUGAAAGAGCCUAUAAUGAUAGUACGAAAACAAAAUUAAAAAAUGCUGAAAAUAAAUCUUUUACUUUGGAAAAUGAUUUAAAAAAGAUACACAUUCAAAUUGAAAUUAAAAUGAAAUUAUACGAAAAGAUUAAUUGCAAAAUUGAGGAAAUGGACCAUUUAUUUGGCGAUGCGUCCGGAAAUCCAACCGAUUUAAAGAUUAAACAAAUUGAAAAAUCCAUUCACAUAGGAGAACUGCAAGUCCGUGAACAUCAGCAGUUUUGGAUAAUGCUGCAGAAUCACUUUGUUAAUUUGUCCCAAAAAAGAAACGAUCAGCUAAAUGAAAUUCAAGUCACGCGGAAACAACUAUCUAUUAUUAGACAAAAGUCAUUAAAAAGUGACCAAGAGCUGGAAAUAUCAUAUAGAAAAGCAAAGGAGUUAGAAAUAUUUAUUAAAAAAUUUACAUCGAAAUUGGAACUACUUAACGACAAAAUAUAUAAAAAGAGGAUUUACCAUGAUGUAGAGGAGAGUGAAUUCGACCACGAACAGUCUGAGCAAACUCAAAAACUAAAGAUUACAGAGCUUAAAAUUCUAAAAUUGGAAGGAAAAAUUAUUGAGCUACAAAACGAAAUUGAACUUUACAAAGAUUUUGUAAUAGAUAACCACAGGGAAACACUAUCAUGGGAAACAAAAUACAAAAUGCUUGAAGAAACUAUUAAAUGGGCGAAAAAAGAGCGCUCUGUUAAAGGUGAAAUAGGUCUGAUGAAAACUGAAAUACACCGCAUGAAUAUAAGAUAUAGUCAACUUAAACGAGCCCAGGAAAGUCUUGUUUUAGAUCUAGAGCAUUGCGUUAUGCAUCGUGAACAAAUCUUUGUCAAUGCAUCCGUCAAGGAGCACUUACAAACAAAAUUUAAGCAGAUAAAAAAUGCUUCUCAAAUUCAGAUCAAUUCAAACGAAAGAGUACAAGUUCGAAGAGCAAACAAGAAAGGAAAUCAUAUACAACGGUGAGUUUCAACUUUGCCAAAAGGUCGCAAAUAAUAAAAACUAAAUAUAAACUCGAGUAUUGAACACCGUUUAAAAAAAAAAAGUCCCGCUUUAGCUCUUACUCAUCCGGGUUUCACGUCCUUGUUUACCUUUUGUAUCACCUCCCUACGAAUUUAUAGAAUGGAAGAGAUUAAAGAAACCUUCGCCAAAUUCAACGAUACGUUGAACAAUUUGAUCACCGCGGUUAACUCAGUUACAGAAGACAAUAAGAAGUUGAGCGCUAGGUUAGUCACCCUAGAGGGGGAUUUCGAGAACAGGAAUCCUGGGCGGUACCAUUAACUAGGGCCCGCAACGAGUACGAAUUAAGGGAAAUAUCAACCUUACCCGAUUGCGUUAAAGAGUUACAAAUAUUUGAGGGCCAACCGGAGGCUUAUAUAUCGUGGAUUAAUAGAGCGCAGUCCAUUCUAAGUGACCAUCAAGUCAUAAAAAAUAAGCCUCUGUAUAGGUCCAUCGUUUUACACAUCAGACAUUAGAGGUAAUGCCGACACGGCGAUAUUAGCUUAUGGCAUAGAGGACGAUGAUUGGGAAGAAAUCAAACGCGUCCUUUCCCUCAACCACGCUGAUAAGAGGGACCUUCGUACCCUCAAACACCAAUUAUGCCAACUAAAUCAGGGUACCCAGACCCUAGAAAAGUUCUAUAUGGCAGUAAAUAGCCAUUUCUCUUUGAUUUUGAAUAACUUGAGGAGUGGCAAUAGAGAGCCGGUCGUCGUGAGUGCUCUUAUCGAAACUUAUAGGGACAAGGCGUUGGACGUCUUCAUGAGAGGCGUCAGCGGCGAUUGUUCAAGGUGGUUGUUGGUCCGUAAUCCAAGGACUUUACCAGAAGCCUAUUCUUUCUGCCUUGAAUUACAAAAUGUUGUUCCAAAAGCCGGCACCGGUCCCUCACUGGGGAAUAAUAGAUCUGCACAACAUUCGCAACACUAUCAGCCUAGAUUCACCGGUGCCUAUCAGGGCUAUAAUAGACCUCCGAUAGACAGUCCCUACGUUCACUCGAACCAGCAUGGACCUGGAGGCACUCAGCCUUAACCAAGGUGGACACGGCAACCCGCCGCAAUAAAAAUGGAGUCUAACCAAUCGGGCCAAUCGCAUCAGUGUGGAUACGGUACUCCUCACAAUGAUUUCACCAGAUUCACAUGAAACGCCGAAAACUGCGUCAUCCACUUUGAAUGAAAAAUACGAACUCCUGCGCCUUCCUUUUGGACUGAAGAAUUCCCCUUCUAUUUUUCAACGCAUGAUUGACGAUGUGUUAAGAGUACACAUUGGUAAGAUUUGCUAUGUCUAUAUAGACGACAUCAUCGUCUUUAGCAAAGAUUACGACAGUCACUGGGCGAACUUCCGUCUAGUCUUUAACAGUCUUAAGGAGGCAAGACUCCAGGUUAACCUUGAAAAAACCAAAUUCUUAUCAACUCAAGUUGAAUUUCUUGGUUAGUUAGUUACUUUGGAAGGUACCAAGGCCGAUCAGAAAAAAGUCGACGCAAUAAUGAAAAUGAAUCCACCUACUAAUGUCAAAGAAUUAAAAAGUUUCCUUGACAUGACUUCCUACUACCGAAAAUUUAUACGAGAUUACGCAAAAGUUGCGAAACCGCUCACUAACAUUACACGCGGGGAAUUCGCCAGGGUUAAAUCUAAUCAAUCAAAGAGGGUCCCAAUUGAAUUGAACGAAGAGGCUUUACAGGCCUUCUCCGUUUUAAAAGCCAUUCUUUCUUCUUCGGAAGUUUUAGCGUUUCCUAACUUCAACAAAACUUUUCAUCUUACGACGGAUGUUUCCAAUUACGCAAUUGGUGCCGUUCUUUCACAGGAAGAAGAGGGGAAAGAUAGACCAAUAGCUUUUAUAUCAUGAUCCCUAAAUAAAACUGAAGAAUGUUACACCACCAACGAAAAAGAGAUGCUCGCAAUAGUGUGGGCCCUAGACAAUCUUCGUUCUUAUCUGUACGGCGCUGGUUGUAUUAGGACUUACACCGAUCACCAGCCCCUUACAUUUGCGUUAGGCAACCGGAUCUUCAAUGCAAAAUUAAAACACUGGAAGUACCGGAUCGAUGAAUACAAUUGUACAAUGGUUUAUAAACCAGGGAAAUCAAAUCUGGUCACAGACGCACUUUCACGUAUCCCCACGCAAAUUAAUCACUUAGAGUCUGACUCUGCAACAGUACACAACGCUCUUCAAGACGCUUCACAACUGAUAUCGCACGUCCAGAACCCAAUUAACGUUUACAGAAAUCAGCUGAUCUUCGAUGAAAACGCGACCGAAUACGCUUGUGACCAGACACAUGCUGCUUAUGUCCGUCACACAGUCCCUAUCAACUCUCAGACGAGAAUUAAACUCAAUACCAUCCUGAAGGAAUACCUGAAGCAAUUAAUUAUCAAUGGGGUUCAAAUUCCCGACGACUUCUUGCCAGAUUUCCAGACCUGUUGCUCCGCUAACUUUAAUGGUUAUAAAAUUCGUAUAACACAAAGUUUAGUGUCGGAUUUGAAUGACAGCGAAAAAGUUUGCGCGGUCAUCCACGAAUGGCCAGUACUAUAAGUGCUCAAGUGUCUGCUUGCGAAUGUUGUAAAAUAUUCAAAUGUGACCCCCACCCUAACAAAUCAGAUUUGCAGCCAACUCCAAUCCCAAACUAUCCAUGUGAAAUACUGCACAUUGACCUAUUCGCCCUAGAGAAAACAAAUUAUUUGAGCUGUAUCGAUAAAUUUACUAAAUUCGCUAAACUCUUCCCAUUGGAAUCCAAAUUGGCUUUCCAUCUGCGAGAAAAGUUAUUGGAGGCCAUUUAUUAUUUCACUGUACCUAGGGUUAUAGUUUCUAAUAAGGCAGAUCGAACUCUACUAUACGCCAACCCUGAAGAGCGAGGUGAACGGCCAGGUGGAGAGGUUCCACUCCACAUUUCUAGAAAUUUAUCGCUGCUUGAAAACCGAAUAUCCCACUUUCAAAACAGAAAGUGGUACCUAUCACAGUAGACCGCUACAACAAUUCUGUGCACUCGGUAACAAAUAGAAAACCGGUAGAUAUUUUUUUCGAUCGUACUUCCCGAAUUAAUUAUCAGGGUUUGUCAGAUUUCAAACGACAAACUAGGGAAGAUAAGAUAAGGGGUCUUAUUGAGCAUAAACAGGCCUUGGUUAUUUGCGGCCGUAAUAAAAAAAGACAUCGACCCCUCGAGUAUAAAGAAGGUGACAGAGCCUUUAUCAAAAACAAACAGAUUAAGACAAAGGAAAAGCCCAAGUUCAAGGCCGAGGUGGUUCAGGAGGAUAGGACGGUGACACUUAGGACGAAAUCCGGAAAGAGUUUCUACAAGUCAGACGUUAGGAAGUGGCAAGGGCAAGCCCUUAAACUUCUUCCUUCUCUUUCACUAUUUCUAAUAAAAAGAAUACAAAUUGGCAAAGAUUUUUCACAAGCUUAGGAUAUGAACCAUAAAAAAAAAAAAUCACUUAAGUAACAAAAACCAAAAAAUAUUACCAAAAAAACACAGAGACACGAAAUUCUGCUAAAAAAAAAACAUACAGAAACACAAAAUUCUUAAAUAAAAAAACACACACUGAACACCGAACACCAUGAUUCCAAAUACAAAAACACAAUACACGAAAUACAAUACAAGAAUAUCAUUACAGACAUUAGGAUAUAAGCACACUAAACACACUUCUUGUGACAGCAUAAUACCGCUUAAGAGCACAUGUAACACUCUACUUCCCUCUCCCUUUCUUUUCCUUCCCAAUGUUAGAAGCCUUUUGCUAGCUCGUUUGUACCUUCCACAUAAUUAAGCACGACUCCCCAGUAGUCCCUUUACAACAGGGGGCAAUUUGGCGGAUAAACGGUGUCUUUAAACUGGCACACGUUAUCGACUUGGGCAGAAUGCAAGAGCUUCACGGUGAACUGGACGAAGAGGCAGCGUCAGAGGGAAUGCGUCGACUAUCGAGAGUACGCAGAACACGGUUAUAGAAUUUCUAGGAUCCUGGAAAUGGGUCGCCGAGUCUCCAGACCCAACAGACUGGAUCACUAUAUUGAAAGCCCAAAACGAAGUUGUGACGAAUACGGACUAGCAGAUUCGAAUCAACUCGAAGCUCUUCGACUCAGCGCAUGAAUCAGCGCUGCUAAUCAACAAGGUCGUCCAAAGAGUCAACACGAUCGAUGGAGGCUUGCAGGCCACAGCAUUAACCCUGCACAGAGCCAUUAUACUGGCUAAUCAAGUCGGCGAAAUUAUCAAGGCAUGUCAGUUCGCUAAAACGGGGACGGUCAACUCGAACCUCCUGGACCAUGAGGAGGUGGAGACGAUCUUGAACGAAGUCAGCAACCUCCCUUACCAGAAUGCGAUCGAGCCAACGAGUUCUCCCGUCCGUCGGUAAUGACAAAUGGUACAAUGAUAUUGUACAUUCUGGCGUUCCCGAAGGUUACGACAGAAUUAUACAAGUUCAUGCACCUAUACUCGACCAUCUCCGAGGGAAGGCAAGUGGUACUGGAAAACAACAAGUUAGCCGCGAGUCCCGAUGACAACACGACCGUUUGCCUGGAAAAGGACCUCCUCAAAUUAAAGGAAAGCGACUGCAUCCCUCGACUAUUGAAGGGCGGAUACGUCGCCUGUACAUACUUGAGAAACGACAAAGAGGUGGUUAAUCUUAUCGACGAUGGAACACUUCUAUUAACCAAUUUCAAUGGCUCGGUAAUCUUCGAGGCAAAAGAACAUACACUCGUCGGUUCGUUUGUGGUACAAUACUCGAAUGAAACGGUUACGGUUGGUAAUCGGUCCUCCAACCAUCUAAUGGCAAUGCCGGCUGUCCUAACCCGAGUGGUAGCCACUAACUACCAACUGUCACUGGAAUACGUGCAUGAAGCGAGCAUCCAGAACCUUCGGAGGUUGUCUCUAUUGACGGCCAAGCUGGUUUACUCUUCAAUCUCGGUAGGAAUUAUGGCACUGCUCAUCCUCUUACUUAUAUACUUCUUAUGGAGGAAGUUAACUUCGACCAAGGGAAUCCCGAAGAUCGACAACGCGUCAAUUGGCUUGGAGGCUCUCCGCACCCCCGGGCCGCCUAAGGCUCUCUGAUGUGUGGGACACAGAUAUUGUUAUGGGGAGGAGUUAACGACUUGCUCUCAACCGGAGCCAAUGACCCGUUUUGGUUAAGGUAAACAACCUGCCUUAGCCGAGCCCCGCAGACGCCCCUCGCCCUUGCGAUUAACAUUAUCGCAACCACAGCACAAACAACGGAAGCGGCAAGUGGAGCACAGUGCCAGCGACCAUAUGCUGCGUAAGCAUUCUCACGCCGGCACAUGGACGGUGAGUUUUUGCGACGUAAACGUUCUCACGCUCGCGCUCUUGCGAAAGCGCUCCGACGACCGGCAAGAGCGCCUGUGCAGCGUAAGCACUUUUACGCCAGCACCGGCGGCUACCAAGACGGCAAACAGAAUUCCAACCCUAAUUAGAAUUCAAUAAAUAAAAUCAUAACGAUCAAUCAACCAACUUCUGUUCUCCUUGUGAAGGGAUCAAGAUCUUGGGUUCUCCUGCAUAGGAACUUGCGUUCCCUGAUUGUCAACGGACGAGAGCAACAUGAAAACGUAUACGUUUAACUGGCGUUAACUUAUAUAUAAGUUCAAAAAAAUGUUUUAUUUAAUUUAAUUUAAAGGUACAUAUAUAGUCAACUUAAAAAAAUUUCAAACAAGUUUUACAAAAAAAAGGGGUUAAAAGAUAUGAAUUAAACGCCGCUAAAUGAGCCUUUUCGACCACUGUGCGAUGAACUGAACAACACGUUCCUUGACAACACUCCAAAACCAGACUCCCGGUCAAGAAAUGGAAAUCAUACUGAGUAUAAAAACUUGAUUACUUCGUUCUUGGAUCUUAUUAGCCAUGAGAAACUAUAACAUACCACAUAAUUCCUCGUUUGCACUUACCAACAAUUCUUGUGUACCUUGCUCAUCGACGUCAUACAAGAGGUUUGGCUGCGACAGGUUCAAGUGCAUGAAUUCUUUAGGACGCUUUCAUUUGGUAAAAUCGCAUCGACUCUGCUUAAAUUGCCUGUGCGGCGGUCAUCACCUCGCAAGCUGCUCAUCGAGGAAUCGUUGUCGCAAAUGAAACAGGGCUCAUUAUACACUUCUACCAAUAACCAUUCUAUAGAAUGCUCUCAUCCGCAACCAACAGCAUCUCCAGCAUCUAUACUAAAAGAAGAUACACACACACAUUCAUAUCCUGGGGGCAAAUCACAGAUCCUACUGGCAAUCGCAAUGGUUCUCAGAAACCUACAAGAUCGGAAGGGCGCUUCUCGAUUCGUGUUCCAAGGUGCACUUUAUAACAGAGGAUUCGCUUGCGGCUAAACAGGCACAAUAUCGAAAUCCGAAGCAUUGUUCAGCCACAAACAGGUGUCAAACACUGCGCCACUGCAUCAAUUUGUUGGCUGAUUUCUGCGUUACUUCGCACAUCGCCUACCAGCCUGCCAUCGAUUUUGAGACCACUGUGUGGAAUCUUUCAGACAACACUCCAUUAGCGGACAACACAUAUACCCAACCGCGCCAUAUUGACAUGUUAUUGUUUGAUUCUUUGUUAAUCGGACAACGCAGAGUAGGUCUUUCUGGCUUCAGAAACAUUAUUUGGAUGGGUUGUAACUGGCAGAUUAUUAUUCUGCACCACCACCAUUGAUCACAGUCUUUAGCGACUCUGGGAACUCGAGGGUGUUGAGGCGCCAUCAAAAAAUAGGAAGCCAAAUCAUAUUCAUAUACGGUUCGAAUAUUCGUCAAAUUGCCGUUCAAGGAUAAUCCAAGCCAAUUGGGGAGGUCAUUCGGUAUCGCUCGUCGCAGGUUCCUGAUUAUGGAACGUCGAUUGUCGCAAUCAGCACCGCUUCGGAUACAAUAUUGCGAGUUUAUGGAAAAGUAUAAGAGGGGGCACAUUUCUCUAGUGACUUGUCCUAAGUUACACGAACCACACUACUACAUUCCCCAUCAUUGUGUCACUAAACCUACCAGAGACUCGACUUAGCUCAGGGUUUUCGACGCGUCUUGUCGGACGACAAAUUAAACUUCGCACAAUGAUCCAACUAUUUACUGCUGCUGAAAUUUAAGCUUUAUCGGUACACCAUCGCAGCAUGUAAAUAUUGACGUCAAUGACCGCAAAUACCAGUACAAUCUUUGGCGAACAUUUCCAGGCGACAUUCUUCGCACUAGCUGAACACGGUGACCUACGGUACUGCUUCUGCUGCGUUCUUGGCAAUAGGCAGCCUGCACCAUCUCGCUGAGACGGUGCAUCGCGCAGACUCUCCACUCGGCCCUUCAGUCAUUAAGUAGUCAUUUUACGUGGAUGACUUGCUUACCGGCCCUGACGAUUUGGAUACGCUUCGAACCAUCAAAUAUCAAGUGACUGAAAUUUUUCGUCAAGGACACUUUCCCUUGACCAAUUGCCUUUCCUAACAAGGCUCUUGGGAUAAGCUGAAACCAGCACAUGCUUCUCUUAAACUUCAUACCUAAGGACUGUCUUGCAACUGUCACGAAAAGGACCAUUCUAUUGAAAGCAUCGGCCGAUGUCACCGAUUAUUUUCCAUGAGCUGUUGCUCGCCCGACUCAAUUGGAAGCGUGCCGCAAGCCAUUCAUACAGCUUAGGGCAAGUGUCUCCACUCGUUUCAAUCGGUGUCAUCAUUGUCAAUUCCCCGCUUUGUCUAUAGCACAAGCUUCGGUCGCUUAAGCCACGCGAAUUCUGCGAUUCAUUAAUUCAAGCUUACUCAUGUUCCUUAUACCUGCGCUAAAAAACAGAAUGUGAAAACAUCACGUUGACUGGAAAAUCGAGAGUCUCACCAGUGAAGAAAAAAUUUCUUCCCAAACUGGAAUUAUGUGGAGCUCACAACUGUAAAAUAAAGUAUAUCCUUGUUUGACAAUACACAGCAUACUUCUGGGCGGAUUCGCAAAUCGUACCUCACUGGCUAAAGCAACGUCGGAAACCGAAUCUAUUAAAUUCAGGACCUACCAAAGAUAGCCUAACGCAGCCAAUCCGGCUGAUAUUGUAUCACGAGGCACAGACCAGAACUCGAAGCAUCUAUGUAGUUCUUAGGCCUACCCUUCUUGAUGGAAUCAUCUGCAACUUGGCCAACUUCACCGCAAAUCGUCGACUUAGAUCCGGACGCCAUCAAAUCGGAGUAAAGAAAGAGCACGUUCACUGCAACAGUGGUCGAUAACCAUGUUUUCAAAAAAUUGACCUAGUACGUACAUUCGUUUUUUACGAACAAUUGCAUACGUCUUUCGUGUCGCGCAACUUACGAAGAAAGCCAAAACCUUGGCAAUGUUUUGUUAUCUGAACAACUUUGGCUUGCGACGUUUGGCAUUGUUUAGAAUGUGAAGUAACAAUCGUGUGGUUUCUCGGCGUACCAUGCCAACAGUCAUCUACGUCGACAGUGGAAUCAAUUUCGUUGAAGCUGCCAAUCAUCUUCAGAAUCUGCGGAUGUUAUUGAUGAUAAUUUCACUUAAGAAACGAUAACUUAUUUAGCCACCAACUUUACAAGGUUUCAUUUUAUUUCUUCUAGAGUUUUGGAGGGCUCUUGGAAGCGCGACUUUUAAAUUUACGUUUGAAAAACUCUGCACAGUCACAGCAAAAGUAGAAGGCAUUUUUAAUUCACGCUUUGUCUUCAGAUCCCAGCGACCUCGGAUCACUUACCUCAGGCUAUUUCCUGGUAGGAAAUCUCUUCGUCCCCUUCCAGAGCGCACCAUCUUUACGUCAAUACUUACAAAUAUAAAACGGCUUGACGCAGUGACUGCUGCUUAGCAACAGUUUUUGGCGAGGAUGAUCAGCCGACUACAUAAACUAGCUUGAAGAACGAACAAAAUGGACGAUAUCAUCAUCGAACAUUAGGGUUGGCGCAAUGGUCCUCAUUCAUGACGAUGAAUAAUCGAACGCAUCGAAGGGGUCGUACCUGGGAAAGAUGGAUUCAUUCGAGUGGCCCAACUUCGGAAUGUUCGGUCAAACUCAUUAUCAUGAAAUUCCUAAUCUGUUAUCGCGCUCAUGUCAGCUCUCCUAUGUUAAUAAUAACAAUUGGAAAGAAAAAUAUAUAUUACAAAAUUCGUGGUAUGCACACACUGUGCCAAUACGUCAACGGUUGGACAGAAGAAUCUAAAGCAACAUGACAAAAACAACAACAGCAUCAUCGCGGUGAGCAGUCCGUUGACAAUGACAACAUACUGGACAAGGAGGACAGCUUUCAUAGAUUGGCAGGACUCCUGGAAACGACAUUUUUUAAUGUAUAAAGCCAAUAUUGUCUUCCACACUUGUAAGUCGAAUAUUGUACUAUUGAGCGGUACCCUUCAGAGAGCUGCAACGAGUCAAACAUAUUUGUUCAUACUCGAGUACUGAUUUGGACUCUCAACGAUUCUUUCGGUUUGAUUCAUGUAUAUGAAUCGAGCCAUUUGCCUUCGACCAGCAACAAUCAACACACUUAAAGUAUUUACCAAUCACCUCAUACUUGAUUUGCUUUUCCACGUUCACUAUUGUAGGAUACAGCCAAAAAUGAUUUGCACUAAUAUGUGUAUGAUUGAUGCGUUUGAAAGAGUUCGGGUAGAACAUCAUACUAACUGAAAGCAUUUACUCAAGUCAUUGCACCUGGCUCAGUCGAUAGCCUAAUAUUUUUAAAUUGACUUUAUAAAUAUGUCCUGUCAUAAAAUAAAGACAUAUAUGUAAGACGGGGUAUUGGGACUUCUCAACAAAAGCAGUACUCGAGUAGAUUUAAGAAGAGAUGCAGAAAAAGUAUUAAGACACCAGAGCAGCAGCAGAGCGACAGAAUAGAGCAGUAGAAACAGCAGAGCGACAGAAGAGAAUAGCGACAGCGGAGAAGCAGGAGAAGCGACAGCAGAGCAGCAGCAGAGCGACAGCAGAGAGCAGCAGCAGAGCGAGAGAAGGGAUUCGGAGAGUAGAAGUCAGCAGAUACGGACGUCAGAGAACGAGUUAAGAAAGCA